ACAAAUGACGUCAACCGCAUGUGAGCUAAUUUUCGUGUACGCAGACUCAGUUGAGGCGGAAGUAGACAGCAUUUGCGCCGGAUUCGGCCAUAUUCCACGAAACAGGAGGUGUUGCAGCCGUCAAAGAACGAGGAUUUUAUUUAUGCCGGAGCCAUAAAAUUAACUCAGUAACAAACAGUUGAUGCCUCUUUAACCACAAUAAUGUCAGACUUUGACAGCAACCCGUUCGCGGACCCAGAAGCAGCCAAUCCAUUUGCUGACCCGUCAGUUCAACAGGCUGCAGGAGGUGGGAAUCAGAAAGGUCUAGAUGACUAUAACCCUUUUGCUGAAACUAACCAGGUGACAAGACCAGCUGGAGGGGUUGGACAGCCAGCAGCCCCUGCCCCCAGACCAGCUACACAGCCAGCCAUUAUGACUCCCUCUGAGGACCCUCCACCAUACACAGCCACUGGCCAACAGAAAAUCAGCACAGAUGAGCUACAGAAACGACAAGAGGAACUUGAAAGGAAAGCAGCUGAGCUUCAGAGAAAAGAACAGGAAAUGAGAAGUCAGUCAUAUGACGCUCGGCAAAACAAUUGGCCACCCCUGCCUAAGAAGUGUCCCGUGGGGCCAUGUUUUUACCAAGACUUCAGUGUAGACAUACCAUUAGAAUUCCAGAAAACUGUCAAAUUUAUCUAUUAUUUAUGGAUGUUCCACGUGUUCGUGUUGUUGCUGAACCUUUUAGGAAGUUUGGCAUACUUUGCCGUAGAUUCAAGUGGGGGAACCACCUUUGGGCUGGCCAUAGUCUGGUUCAUUCUGUUCACACCAUGCUCAUUUGUCUGUUGGUACAGACCACUGUACAAAGCAUUCAGGAAUGAUAGUUCCUUCAACUUCUUUGUGUUUUUCUUCGUUUUUUUCUUUCAAUUCUGUAUGAGUAUAAUCCAGUGUUUGGGUAUCACCAACUUUUCUGUAGGUUGGCUGUCUGGCCUGUCUACUUUGGGUAAGAAUAAAGCAGCCGGCAUCAUCAUGUUGGUGAUCGGGCUGAUCUUCAGUAUCCUGGCAGCUGUUGAUAUCUUGGUCCUUAUUAAGGUUCAUCGUAUGUACCGCAGCACUGGAGCUAGCUUCCAGAAGGCACAGCAAGAGUUUGCCACUGGUGUGAUGCGAAACGAAGCAGUACAGACUGCUGCGGGAAAUGCAGCUGCAGGAGCUGCCCGCGGUGCAGUAAGUGGCCAAUACGGCAGUGGCAAUCGCUACUGAGUUACUUGAGUCAUGUGUUCACUGAAGCCCACGGAGCAUGUCAGAUGUGCAGAGGUGUGACUGUCAGCACUGUGACUGAUCAGAU